CGGGUUUGUUGUCGCAUAUAUAACAAAAUAUGACCAAUUUAACAUUCAAUUUUUCUUUUCUUUGCUCCUUGACGAAAAAAAAAAUUACUCCUUAUCGUCGAGUACCAAAUUUUUUCAAAACACUUAUUCUUUACUAGUUCCUCUAAUUUCUUUUUGGGAAAAUAUUUUUUUAUAUUUGCAAAAAGAAACUGUGGAUAUUUGAAGUUUCAAGCAACGAUGCCUCAUAAACUAUUCAUUCAUCGCUCAGCCCACUGAUGGCCUUUCUAUUCUUUUUUUUUUUUCAUUGAGUGAUAUAUAAAUCAAACCAUUAUCUGGCUAUAAAUUACGUAGAUGACAAGAUUUAAUAGUCGCAGGCGUCGUUCAACACUCCGUAUGAGUGACUCCAUGUGUAAAAGACGGGAACUUCGAAGUAUUUUAAGGAUAGACUCUUUAAAUAGGGAAGUGGAGUCAGGGUCCCUACCACCUAGUGUGAGAAACCAUGUGUUUUCAAGGAUUGCUCGUGGUAGAAACAAAUACCUACGAAACGACAUAAUUUAUGAGAGACUAUUUAAUGACCAAGGAUCCACUGCUGUUCGGAUGUUGGAACAGAGUGGCGAGGUAGGUAUGUAUCAGAAUGUACCUUCAACUUCUGGUCAAUUGACAUGUUUAAGGGGUCACUUUCAUAUGAAUCAGGAGGAUGUAGAUGAGUGUUAUAGGAGAUUUAUUAGGAAAUAUGGUAGGGACGUUGAUAAAUUUAUGGAAAUUUUCAGGUGUAGAAGACAUGUAGCAGAAGAUAUUAUUAUAAAGUAUAUUUAGUGUUUCUUACAAUGUACUGGUCCAAAAUAUGGUUUAAUAUUAAGCAAUUUUAUAAUAAUAGAAUUUAGGUGAAUUUCUUUGGCAAUGACUUUUAUUUAUUUUUAACGUGCAAUAUUUUCAAAUGCGAAAUGAGGAUCUAUUCUCGUGUUAGUGACUUUCUUUACUUUACUUUUUAAUGUUUGG